CCUGGUUUGAAUGUUGGUGCUUUUCUAGCUGUUGCUGAGUGUUGGCUGCACUCUUAUCUGGCGACUUGCAUAGCACAGCGCGAUGCUCCAGCUGUUGUUAGAGGCCAGGUCAGGGAUUCUCUGACAGUAGUACCGCGCGGACAGGGCGUUGGACAAAUACCUGAGCCGUGCCUUAGUAUUGGCGACAUUACCCAUCUUCGACAACUUCGUGAUCAAAUCACGAAGAUUUUAGUACGUACUGUACUGUCACAGUUGCCAUUAUUUCACUAUUUUGCAGCACACGUACUGCAUGAUUCUUCACUGACUUCAGUCUUCCCUCCGCGACUAAUAUUAUUCACGUCCUCAGUAUUUUUGUUUCUGGAGGAGCAACAUUGUCUACUUUUGGCAUGAAUGAUGGAGACUACCUCAUCAGAAGAGUUGGUGCAGUGCAAUUUCCAGGUUACUGUCAAUUGCAGUGACGAUGACAGUGUCUAUCUGACUGGUACAUGUGCUCCACUGGGAUGCUGGAAGGUGGAACAAUUGAAACUCCUCAGAAGAAAACCUGAAGACAGUGGUGUUUGGACGCUGUCUUGUGAGCUCCCUACUGGUACACAUGGCUAUCGUUAUGUGGUCGCCCAAACAUCCCUGGCUACAUGCCGCUCAUCUCGCUCUCCUGCCGACCAGAUACCAGUUGUCCAGGAAUGGGAAACUGUCCAACGCUCACUAGUUAUCAAGCCUUGCAACGAUCCAAUACAAGUCAAUGACAAAUAUGGUCUUGAUAGCAAUGGGUCUAGCCUUCAUCCAGAUCGAGGCUUCAUGACAAGCCACUCGGAGAUUCAGAUACGAGUUUGCCGGCAAAAGCUGGAGCCUCUGACCGCACCGGUAUCCUUUGCUGGCUGUCCAAGUGUGGUGGACAGUUCUUCCGGUGGCAGUAUGUGUUCGUUGCAAGUUGAGCCGUUUUGGUACUCACCGAGAGGUUCGGAUGAUGUGGAUGUGAAAGCAGCAUGCCCGCCAGUUGAGUCGAAGACACUGGUAUCAAGCACUGGACAAUGUAGCAGUCAUGUAGCACCAGCUAAUCACUCAGCUAGUGGCUGGGUAGACUACAGCAUUGACAAUGUUGUAGUGUUCUCAACACGAACUAGAGACCUGGCACAUCAUGCUUUCAAGUUGCGUGUACGCUACCGUCCCGCGGCCGGAGCAGCAGCAGAAGAUGGCGAGGAGCUGAUAGGCACUGGCUGUAUUCUGCCUGAGCAGGUUGGCGAGGGCACAACUGUGCGCAUUGUUGUGCCACUUCUAAAUGACCAUUUGAUGGCCAUUGGUUCGUUGGUAGUUCAUUGUCUGGUUGUAAACGCAUUAUCCAAGCCGCCCCAUGAUCUGUCUACUUCGCACAGCUGCACGUGGGACCGGAGUAGGUGUUAUCGCAUAGGCCACCGUGGAAUGGGUGCUUCCACCGUACUCCAGAAAGAUUCUGCUUCACACGUGGAAAACACCGUCUCAUCGUUCACAGCCGCUGGGAGACAUGGAGCAGACAUGGUUGAAUUUGAUGUGCAGCUGUCCUCUGAUUUGGUUCCCAUUGUUUUUCACGACUUCACUUUUCUCAUUGCAGCUAAUUCCCAGUCUGACCAGCGGCAUGAGGUACGAGUACAGGACUGCACGUUAGCCACACUGCAAGCUAUUAGUGUUGAUAAUAGCUAUCGGCCACCAGCGGACAAGAAGGCACUUAUGUCAGUGUCUCCCAGUAUAGCUCAUCUCGAUCUGGAGUUGCCUGUGCAGGCGGCCUCGCCUGCACCUUUGCCAUGUCUAUUUCCAACGCUCGAAGAAGUGUUGAAACGCACGCCAUCCAAUAUUGGAUUUGAUAUUGAACUGAAGUAUCCUGUGACAUUUUGUGACCCGCCGGAUGUGUGCGAAGCAUACUUUGACGUCAAUGUGUUUGUGGAUGCUAUUCUCGAUGUGAUCUUCCGCUAUGCCGGUGAGCGGCAGAUCUUCUUCUCGUCCUUCUGCCCCGAUACCUGCAUAUGUUUGCGUCGCAAGCAGUGUUUCUACCCAGUUAUCUUUCUAAGCGAUGUCAACGCACCUUCUUAUGAAGUUCCCGAUGACAUCAGGUGUGCAUCGCUAAUGGAAGCGCUCGCGUUUGCCCACUCCGAACGCCUACCCGGGCUAGCAUGCGAAUCCAGUGUCUUAGUUGAUAAUCCGGCUGCUAUCAAGGAUGCCAUUGAAAACCAUGGUAUGCUUAUGCUAAGCUGGAGUGCUACAAACAACGUCAUGGAGAAUGUCAAUUUACAGGUUCAACAUGGCAUGCACGGAAUCGUGUCCGAUGCUGUUGACAGGCUAUACUGAUUACUUUGGCAGUUGACAACUAAGAAUGCCUUUCAGACGCUGAAAUUGCGAGCGAGGCAGCAUCGACGAUCAGUGAGCCGAGUGCAUGGCACAGAGAUCACUCCCCUGCAGUUGGACAAGAGUGGCCAAGAUUACUUCCCUGCAUUCGGGCAAUAGUGGCCAAGCGGCCGUAUGAAUUAGAAACGGAAUGAAGUGAACGAUGAACAGUCAAGGUUUGUAGGGCACAACAACUAUUUAAUGAACCAUGUGCACGUAUUAGCGACGUACAGUGUGCUGUGUGCAUCCGGAUUAUCAGCGGAGUGUUUUUAAUAUUUUUUUUACAAACUCUAGAUAGAGCGCAGUCACGUAGUUUAUUCCAGUGCUUUACUGCUUAUUACACAUCUUUAAACCUAGCAAGGGGUGUAGCCGUCAAUCCCUCUACUAGCGGAACACCCAUUUCUUAGAUUAGCGAUCCAACAAUUGUCUACUCUUAGGGGUCGUCGCAAAAGUUUUCUGUCGUCCCUGAAACGAACAUCGUUCAUUUCGUACUCGGACCCCCUCCCCUCCCUCUGAAACGAACACAGCUUGCUAUGCUGGACGACGGAAAUCGCAUGCAUGUACAUGUUAUAUGUACAGUGUCGGUUGACUUGCGAUUUUGGCUCGCACCCCCUCCCCCCUCCCCCCCCCCCCCCCGCAAAUGAAUCAUGUUCGU